AUGGUCGCCAUAUUUCCCUACCUGGAUACCACCUGGUGCAUUGCCACCAAAUGGACGCGUCAUAUGGGUUUCUGCAUCACCUACACCUCACUGCUCAUGAAGACCUGGCGUGUCUCCUUGACAUAUCGCGUCAAGUCGGCGCAUAAGAUAAAGCUCAAUGACCAGCAGCUGCUGCAGUGGAUGGUGCCCAUCUUGCUCGUAAUGCUCAUCUAUCUGGGCACCUGGACAAUUUCCGCCACGCCCUACGCUGAGGUGAUCUACGAUCAGAAUCACCUGAAGUUCAAGCAGUGCUCGUACAAUUGGUGGGAUCACAGUCUGGCCAUAGGAGAGGUCCUGUUCCUCGCCUGGGGCAUUCGCGUCUGCUACAACGUGCGCAAUGCAGAGAGCCUCUACAACGAGGCUCGUUUGAUCUCCUAUGCCAUCUACAAUAUAGCCAUUGUGAAUAUUGCCAUGGUGGCUUUUCAUGUAAUGCUCUUUCCAAAUGCUGGACCCGACUACAAAUACAUGCUGGGCUUUGUGCGCACCCAAUUAUCCACCACGACGACCAUUGCCCUGGUCUUUGGCCCGAAGAUCGCGCGCGUCCUGAAGGGCCAGGGCGACAAGUGGGAUCAGAAGGCCAAGGUGCGCAGCAUCACAGCCUCGUUCUCGCUCAAUGGCGUGGGCCUGGUGCCCGAAGAGUCGCCCGAUCUGUACCAGGAGAACGAGGAACUCAAAGAACAAAUCCAGAAGCUGGCGCAUCAAAUCGAGUUCAUGAAGACUGUGCACAUGCAGAUGAACAACCGACAUCUGAAGCCAAAGCCUGGCGGCUACUUUACCAUCACGUCAACCUCAUUCCAGGCGCCCUACAGCAAGAGCACGGUUUCCACGGCGCAAACACAGACCGGCAAGGAUGAAGGUUUGACCGGCAAUGCGACGCCUCUGAAGUGCAAAUCGCCGAAGGGCAAACAUGGAAGGGAGGUCGUGGAUAAUGCAAUUGAUUUUAGUUUCUACCAACAAGCAGACGAGCAGCAGCAGCGGCGGGAAUGGCAGCAGGAUGAGCUGGGACUGGAGCUGGGCAACGAUUCGGAUUUGCUGCGGCAAUUCCAUCGCAUCUUUGCGCCCAUUGUGGAGGACAGCUUGCAGCUGUACUACGAGCUGAACAGCAAAUUCGACGAUGAUGCAGUGCAGCAUGUACGCAUACAUCGCACUGUCGCCGAGCUGAACGAGUUGACCAGCAGCGAAGAGGAGACGCUGAUGACGCAGCUGCAGAACUUGGUGGAGUCACUGGCCGAGGGGAAGGGAUGGUAG